AUGCACCUCUUCGUAUUGGCGCACCAUGUAGUCCCGUUGCAGUUCAUAUGUCCAGCUGAUCCAUUACAAAGUAUGCAACGAAGUGAUAUCGCACCUCGCCCCGUGUUCAGUAACACACAGGGGAUGAGUCGCUCGAUCCGAGCGCUUCUCACUAACAAUCUACCUUACCAGCUAUGA